AUGUCUCUAUCUUUGGUUCACACAUUCACAGGUCACACAGAUAAAUGCUGGGCUACUUCCAUUCACUCUAAACUUCCUUUAUUGGCAACAGUCUCCGGGGACAGAACUUGUCGGGUCUAUAACUUGGAAACGAAGAGACUGAUUGUCGUACUCGACGAUGAUUCUCAUUCAAAGACUCUUUCCAGCGUCGAAUGGAAGCCAACUGGGGAAUUCCCUUCGUUGGCAAUCGGCUCGUUUGAUUCUACAAUCUCUAUUUGGGGGAAUGAAGAAGCUGUCCUGGAAGACGAGGAUAACUGGACACUGAUGGCCAUUAUCGAAGGACAUGAGAACGAGAUUAAAGGGGUGAGUUGGAGCCAUGAUGGAGUGUAUCUGGCAUCAUGCUCACGAGACAAGUCCAUUUGGAUAUGGGAGGCUGAUGAUAACAACGAAGAGUUUGAGUGCGUCUUUGUUGUACAGGAACACAGCCAAGAUGUCAAGCAUGUAACAUGGCAUCAGCAUGAAAAUGUCCUAGCAAGCUCCAGUUAUGACGACACAGUCAAACUUUUCAAGCAAGACGAUUACGAUGAAGACGAUUGGGUAAACGUGGCCGAUCUUACUGGUCACGAAGGGACUGUUUGGAGCAGCGAUUUUGAAAAGAAAGGUGAAAGGGUCACCAGAUUAUCCUCAUCCAGUGACGAUGGGACUAUAAGGAUAUGGAAAAUUUUGCACGCUGCAGACGAUCAGCCCAGCAUAGAUAGUAAGCUUCCUUCCACGAUUAAAACAGACACGAACCAGGAUAUGUGGGAAUUAGAAACAAUUCUUCCUAUAAUCCACCAUGGACCUAUCUAUUCCGUAGCAUGGGGCGAGAAUGGCUACAUUGCAAGCGUUGGAAGUGAUGGGCGUAUUGUCGUCUACAAGGAACUCAAUUCAAAGGAAUGGCAGAUUAUAAUCUCUCAGCCGCACUCUCACGGAGUCUAUGAGAUAAACAAUAUCAAAUGGCAUGGAGACCGGUUAAUUACAGCGGGUGAUGAUGGUUUGGUUAAGCUUUGGGAAUUGGCUUUAUGA